AUGGGUGGAAUCGGAGAAAAAGAUAAUUACGUCAAGAACAAGCAAGAGGGGAAGUUCAUGAUUUUGAGCAGACUUUGUUUUAACAAGUUAAGAGACAAUGUCAAAAAGCAAAAGGAAUUACAGAGAAAUAUGUCAAUGGAUCCCGCUAAAUAUGUUACUGAUCUAGGAAUCCUUCUGCUAUGUAUAGAAGAUAAAUUUCCUGAAUACAGCGAGGAAGAAAUAGAGUUGAUGAAGACAGAGCUAUGGUUUCUGGAGAAAUUUCUCCUGUUGGAGAGUGAAGACCUGCAAAUAAAUAUCAAAAGUGUUCUGGAAUUUGCAGCACGUGUGUUCGACUCUGGCUGUAAAUUUCACUACUCUGAUGUGCUAGAAACCAUUAAGUUUCUCAGGUACAAUAUCCCAGACGAGUGUGGUUGUUAUUUUGAAACUACAGCUCCAGCUGUUACUACGAAUCCUCUGACACACGAACCUGUGGUGGAAUACAUAGACAAGGUUGUACAGAAUGCCAAGGACCUGCUGAUUGUACGCCUCGGCGACAAGCCACCUGCUGUGUCUAAUGAGGCACAGAGCAGCACAUAUUCUUCUGCCAAGGCUCAAGUUGAAUUGGUCGAAAAGGAGUUGAGAGCACUCAAGAACUUUGUGCGCUUUCUCGGAAAGAUAUGCAGUUCAGAACAAGACUGCUGGCAAACUUUCUUGCGUCAUGCUGAUUAUGUGGCUACCUACACAGCAAUUGCAUUCUACAUCAGUAUGGGAUGUAGCCUUCCUGAUAAACUGGAGGAAAUGAUUCAACGUAUUAAGCGACGCUUCCGAGUCAUCUGCACAGACAUCCAGAGAUAUUUAAAGUUAUCAUCAGGCACUUUCGCCCUCAUGUCCCUGAUUGAAGCAGCGGAUGAAUUCAUGCAAACUCUUCAGCAAAUGUCCAUGGAGUUAACAGAGUCUUCUUCCUUGACUGUACAUCAAGAAGAAUCCCUUGCAGAACAGCUUAAAUCGUUGAGAAUUUUUGUGAAUGAGUUACCGUUGAUUAAUGACAUUCAGGAUGAGAUGAAGAUGGAUUUCUGCAAACUGCUUUUGAGGGAGGUCAUUCAUGCUGCACUUGUUGUCUACUCAUUUGGAGAUAGCAACAAGGAAGAUUGGCAUCAAGAAUUACUUUUGGUCAUUGACAAUGUCAAAACAGACAUUUAUCGCAAGAUCCGAGAGUGGGUAACAUCCCAUUUGCCUAAAGAUGAUAAAUUGGUCUUUUCCAGUUACUUUCUUGACAGUUUGAAGGGGUUCCUUUCUGGUUAUUCUGCUUCACUUGCUUCUGUCAAGAAUCAACUUGAAGUAAUCAAUGAGGAGCUGAAAUUUUUUGAGCCUUUCCUGAUGCGUGUAGCAGAACAAGUCUAUAACAAGCAUAAUGAACUUCAAAAUAUUGUUGGAAGAGUCGUUGAUAAGGCUUAUGAGGUAGAGUACAUACUUGAUUCAUUUGCAAUUGGAGAUGUACCUCUUACUUAUCUUACAAUGUGGCUCUCGGAAAUCAAAAGGGAGAUUGAUCUCAUUAAGAAAGAGUUGACCGAAUCCGAGAAAAAGAAUAUGACAAGUGGUACCAGCAAAGAGCUCAUUGGUUUUGGGGAUGUCUGGAUAACUAUAAAAGAUCGACUAGUUCGGGGAGAAAAAAAACUGGAUGUUGUUUCCAUUGUGGGUAUGGCCGGAUCAGGGAAAACGACCCUUGCUCGAAGUUUUGUCAAUGAUAAUGUAAUUGUUUCCCAUUUUGAUUUCUGGGCAGAGUGCCGUGUUUCACAAGAAUACACGCGUAAAGACUUGCUAUUUUCCAUUUUGAGUUCUGCUAAUCAUAAUGAGCCCAUUGAAAUUAGUAAAAGAGAUGCUGGUGAAUUAGCUGAUAGACUACGAAUUCUACUGCCAAAGAGAUACCUCUUAAUCAUUGACGACGUGUGGAGAGUAGAAGCAUGGGAGGACUUGAAAUCAUGCUUUCCUGAUAAUGGAAAAGGUAGCAGAAUCAUUUUGACCAGCAGACAUAAAGAAGUUGCUGUGCAUGCUACAUGUGUCACUGAACCCUAUAAUUUGCGUAGUCUGGACGAUUCAGAAAGUUGGUUGUUACUACAAAAAAAGGUAUUCGGGGAAGCAAAUUGCCCAGAAGAGCUAAAUGAAGUUGGGCAAAAAAUAGCAAAGAAGUGUAAAGGGCUACCACUUUCUAUUGUUUUAGUGGCUGGUCUUCUAGCAAAGAUGGAUAAGACAGAAAGAUGUUGGAUGCGGAUAGAAUUAAGUAUUGGUGAACAGGUGCAGGAUGCCGCAAAGGAAUUAGUAAAAUUAAGUUACAAUGAUUUACCUUAUAAACUGAAGCCGUGUUUUUUAUAUUUUGGAGCAUUUUUAGAGGACAGAGAAAUUUCUGUGUCAAAAAUAACAAGCUUAUGGAUCGCUGAGAGAUUCAUAAAAAAUGAUGAGGAGAAAAGUUUGGAGGAUAUGGCAGAACAUUACUUGGAGGAUCUUAUUGGAAGAAACCUCGUUAUGGUAAGUAAGAGGAGAUCAACCGGGAAGAUCAAAACAUGUCGUGUGCACGAUAUAAUGCUCGAGUUCUGCAAGGAGAAAGCUGAGAAAGACAAUUUCCUUUUGUGGCAAAAAAGAGACCGAGAUGCCAAUUAUCCACAUUUUUAUUCCGAAAAUCCUGUGCACCGCCGCUUAUCAUUUUGUUCUAAUCAAGAUGAUCUUUCUGGAUGGAGGCCAUCUUGCUCACACGCUCGUUCAAUGUUAUUCAGGGAGCUUAGCAAUAAUACAUGCUCUUCAAUGGGACAUGCCUCUACCAUCUUCGACAACUUCAAAUUUCUCAGGGUGUUGGAUUUGGAGUUUGUUGAUGUGAAAUCUUUUCCCACUGAACUUAAGCUUCUGAAGUACCUUGCUGUUCAAACCACUGAGGAUUCUAUCCCAUCAUCCAUAGAAAACCUCUUGAAUCUUCAAACGUUCAUUGUCAAAAGAAAUGCAGGACAGGUACUGUUGCCAGAUACUCUUUGGAAGCUGAGUAAGUUGAGAAAUAUAAGCAUUAGUGACAGUGCUUUGUUUGAUUUGCGUGAUGCACAAGAAUCUCCUGAUGAAAGAUUCUCAAAACUGGACAAUUUGGCAACACUUUCCUCAAUAUAUGUUUCCAAUGCGGACAACAUGGAGAGGAUAGCAGGAAGAACACCCAAUCUUCGGAAGUUAAGAUGCAUAUUUGCCGAUUCAGGGCGUUGGGGAGAGAAUGAAAAUCGUUUCCCUGUAUUUGACUCAUUAUCUCAACUUGAAACACUAAACGCGGUCUUCACCAGUAUUCCAGAGAUAGGUCCUUCAAGAUUAAACUUUCCAAUGAAUCUUAAGAAAUUGACAUUAUGCAAAUUUCCUCUGCCGUCUGUUGAGAUUUCUACCAUUGCCAACCUUCUCAACCUUGAGGUACUUAAACUGCAACAAGUCGUCUUCGAGAGGGAUGAAUGGGAAGUUAGAGAUAAUGGGUUCCAUCAGCUAAAAUUCUUGGAACUAGAAAAUCUCAAACUCUCAAAAUGGGUAGUGUCUGAGGAAGCCUUCAGUUGCCUCAAGAAAUUGGUUCUGGAUAGGUGUUUACAUCUCGAAGCAAUCCCUGAUUGUUUUGAGGAACUGGGUCAUUUGCAAUACAUUGAGGUAAAAUCAUGCAGUGAAGACGUUUCCAACUCAGCCAGGAAUAUCAAAAAAACAAGAGUUGGUAACGGGCACAAAUGCGACGUUAAAGUCUUUUCUUAGCAUUGAAAUAUUAGGGCUGCAAGUCUGCAACCUUCAGUUCAUUUCCAAUCUGAUUGCAGCUAUUGUUUGUUGUUGCUGGUUGUAGCAGAGGGGUGUUUGCUGCUUUGUCUCUCCACUGUAAUACUUUUGGGGCUUGUUUCACUAGUAGUCUUAUGGACUUUUCUGAUAAGCUAUGACGUUGCUGGUUGUAGCAGAGGGGUGUUUGCUGCUUUGUCUCUCCUGUAAUACUUUUGUGGCUUGUUUCACUAGUAGUCUUAUGGACUUUUCUGAUAAGUUAUGACUUCAUUUACUUUUAACGUUUAUGGAUUGGUAUAUGAAUUUUGUUUAAGAAAGUUAUGACUUCAUUUCUUUUUAAUGUUUAUGGAUUGGUCCGGCUCUUCAUCGGACCCCGCACAUAACGGGAGCUUAGUGCACUGGGUUGCCCUUUUUUUGUUUGUUUAUGGAUUGGUGGAAUGUUGUUGAUUUUUUCACGAUAUUUUAUGAAACCUCCUUUUUACAAAUAUGAUGUUAUAUUGGGUA